AUGAGUUCCGAAGAAGAGUUAAGCGGAUUAAUUGAGGACAUCAACAAAGGCACACGAAAGAAUACAAUAACGUCGAACAAGCGCAGUAAACAACAGCUUGAAUGGCACACUUUUAAAGUAGAUGACCUUAAUUGGUACGUUUCAUGCACUCAUGAUCCGACACGAUCGACAUACCAGUGUGCAAAGAAGACCAGACUAACUAGAUUGCUGAAGCAAGCAUUUCUUGGAUUACCAGUCGAAGGAAGAGGAGGCGACCGUGUAUCGCACAAGUCGAUAUCAAAGGAGCUGCAAAUAAGAACGUUCAUAAAAAGUCUUCGAGCACGUGAGAGCCAUUACGAAAGGAACAAAAGUAUUCGCGUGUACCUUCCAGCUGAACUGAAGAGCAGCAGACAACUCUGGAGAAUGUACAACAGCACAACUUCUUCGUUUCAAAUGUUCUACAAGAUUUUUACCAGAGAAUUUAACAUUGGCUUUGGGUCCCCAAAAGUAGAUGCAUGUACGACAUGUGAGCGUUUCAGGCAUCUGAUUCGAAAGCAUCGGAAUGAGCACGAAAGAAAGAAGUUGGUUGCCGAGAGAAAGGUUCACUUGUUACGGAAAAAUGCUUUUUACAAAGCGUUACGAACAGAAGUAAAUGGAACGCAUCGAAUUGCCUAUGAUCUGCACCAAGUACAUGUCUUACCAAAAUUGCCCGAUAUUAUCCUAUACAAAUUGUACAUCAUAGAGGCACAGAUUCAGUGGUAUCAAAUGGUAGUGGUUUGCUUCCACUUCCGGUAUCAAAUAAUAAUGGUUAAAAAAAGAUGCACCGAAGUUCGGCUACGCCGAAAUCCGGCUUUUUUUCAAAUCCGGCCUAAAUCCGGCUUUUUUUCAAAUCCGGCUGAAAUCCGGCUUUUUUUCAAAUCCGGCCGAAUCCGGAUUUAG